UUAUUGGAUCGUCAAGUGGCGUUUUCAGUCUCAUUUCAACUUCUGACUAAGCAAGACGAAAAGAACUCUCAAUAAAAUCUCAAAAUGAAAUCCUUAUUAGUGAUCCUUCUUCUGUAUGUUCUUUGUGAAUUUUGCUCGGCCAUUGAAUGUGAUAAAGUGCCUAAGAAUGAUGAACUCCGCCUGAAGAAGGAUAUGAUGUGCAAUUACGACAAAAGUGUUCGUCCUAUGGGUGGCAGCAAAAAUGCCACUACUGUUAAAGUGAAAAUGAUUCUAAAAUCCUACGAUUAUUUGGAUUAUGCUAACAGUAUCACUGUGUCGGUUUGGAUGGUACUUUCCUGGACAGAUGAACACUUCAAAUGGGAUUCACGCGAGUACGGCGGCUUGAAGACUUUCUAUGAAAUGAGCACGGAAAUUUGGAUGCCAGAUUUUUCGCUGUACAACAAUGCGAAGGAGUCCGACAGCUGUGAAACGACAAAUUGCAUUAUUCACUCCAAUGGUCUCGUAAUCUGCAUACCCCCGUGUCAAUUUCAAGGAUUGUGCAGAGGUUCCUUUAAGCAUUGGCCUUUCGAUCGUCAGAAUUGCACAUUUACUUUCGGCACCUGGGUGCAAUCGGGCGAAGAAGUGAACUUUGUCGCAACUAAAUCCUCCGUGGAUCAUUCGGAGAGUCUCCUCAAUCAUGACUGGAAACUCUUAUCUGUGGCCGUGAAGAGGAACAGUGGCAAUUAUGCGUGCUGUCCUAAUCAAACCUUCCCGACACUCAUGUAUGAGUUUAUGCUGGAAAGACACGAAUCAGUUUUUGCAGUCUUUCUGCUCGUGCCAACAAUUGGUAAGUUCAUCUUCUCAUCGCCUUUUAUCAAUCUCGACAAUAUCUCGCCACCUUGGCAGGGACUAAAGUUUUUGUGUCUCAUGAACAUUAUUUCCCUGCUGAUUUCUCCGUAUGGAAAUGAGCGAUGGAUCUUAAUCAGUGUGAGCUUUUUGGGACAUCAACUCUUUAUACAACAAAUGCAUUGGACUGUGCCUAGGAAUGGCGCCACGAUACCCAGUGUUCUUGUCUUCUACAGAGAUUCCACAGCGAUUUUGGCCGUGUUGUUAAUCAACACUUUUCUCGUUAGAUACCUAUUGUCGUUGCAAUGCGACGUGCCAGGAUGGUUGUCUUCGCCUGUGGAUGUUGUGAAAGAAUCCGCAGCAGGAAAGUUCAUUGUGCACGUAAAUUUGGGGAAAAUGGAGAGGAUCGAAGAAGUGGCCGACGAUGACACUACAAUACUCGUUGAACCGAAAGCAGAAGACCACAAGAAUAAGGACAAGUGGCAAUUUAUAGCCACUCUCAUUGAUCGACUCGUUCUCAUUUGCGUGCUUGUGACAUACUUCUUCCUCAUAAUCAUUUUAAUUCCCGAGGGCUAUGAAUCAAUUAGUGAUUUGCCAGAACUUAAUAUUGUUACCAAGCAAUAA